CGGGCGCCAUGGGGGCGGCGGGGACCGCCCUCCUGCUGCUCGGCCUGGGCGGCCUCCUCGCCGCCCCCGACGACUGGGGCUUCUCCUCCUCCGAGGUGGUCAUCCCCCGGAGGCUGACCCCCCGCGGCGGGGAGGCCGAGGAGCCCGGCCGGCUGUCCUACCUGCUGCCCCUCGAGGGCCGGAGGCACGUGCUGCACCUGCGGCCCAAGAAGCUGCUGCUGCCCCGCCGCCUGCCCGUCUUCACCUUCACGGCCCGGGGGGAGCUGCUGGAGGAGCACCCCUACGUGCCCCACGGCUGCUACUACCGCGGGGCCGUGGAGGGCGCCCCGGACUCCCUGGCCACCUUCAGCACCUGCUUCGGGGGGCUGUGGGGGAUGCUGCAGCUGCAAGGCCGCCUCUACCAGGUGGAGCCCCUGCCGGCCUCCGCCACCUUCGAGCACCGGGUGUCCCGGCUGGUCGAACGGCCGCCGGGCAACCUGACCUGCGGCCUCACCGACGAGGAGAUCACCCGCCAGGCGGCCCAGUUCCGGCCGCCGGCCUCUUUCCGGCGGGUCGACUGGCACGACGCCUACAUACACCCCAAGUAUCUGGAGCUGGCCGUGGUGGUGGACAAUGGCAGGUACAGAUUCAGAGAAAAGAAUUUAUCCCAAAUCCUCCAGGACACAAUUACUCUGGUCAAUUUUGCUGACUCGCAGUUUCAAGAGAUGAAAGGUCACAUCUUUUUAAAAGCCAUGGAGGUCUGGACAGACCGUGACAGAGUGAAUGUUUCACAUCCAAAGUUACUUCCGAUCUUCUCGGAAUUUGUACCUUACCAGCAAAAUCACAUGUAUCCCCGUACCCAACACGAUCACGCACAUUUGUUUGUGUCGAAAACUUUUCCCGAUGCCUUAGGCUGGGCCUUUCGUGGCAGUGCCUGUGCUGAAAGACAGAUGGGGUCUGUAUCCGUUCUAAUAGGGAAGUCACUACUUGAUCCCGCGGAGUGGUUCACCCACGAAUUAGGGCAUGCGUGUGGCAUGAUCCACGAUACAGAACAUUGUAAGUGCGAUAAAUCAACAUGCAUCAUGGGGAUCAGUGGUUCCCAUAAUGGGGGUUUUAGUAAUUGCAGUUUUAACGAUUAUUUCUCCUACGUAAGCCGGUAUUCCUCCUGUCUCGAUAAUAUUCCAGAACAGUUCCUGAUAGAAGAGAAAUGUGGUAAUAAAAUGGUGGAAUUGGGAGAGGACUGUGACUGUGGAUCAGAGAGGGAGUGUGAGAAAGAUGCCUGUUGCCUGUCAAACUGCACAUUGAGCCCUGGGGCAGAGUGUGCUUCUGGGCUGUGCUGUGAAAGAUGCCAUUUUAUUCCAGCCAAAAAGGUCUGUAGGCCAAGGCAAAGUGAAUGCGAUCUCGACGAGUUCUGUAACGGGACCUCAAAUAUGUGCCCAGAAGAUGUGUACAAGCAGGAUGGGACCCCGUGUAGUGACAGCGACAUCUGUUACCAUGGUGGUUGUCAUUCCCACCUUCGGCAGUGCAGAGCCCUUUUCGGUAAAAACGCCGUGGAUGCUCCGUUACUGUGUUAUGAAGAGGUGAAUGGAUAUGUUGACCGUUUUGGGAACUGUGGGUUAGAGGGAAACCUUUACAAAAAAUGUUUGGUAGGUAGUAUGUUGUGUGGGAGAGUGCAGUGUGUCAAUGUGAAGGCCAUUCCUUCUAUGCCAGACCAUACGUCAGUCAUUCAGACUCAUGUGAAAGCCAACAAUACCAUGUGCUGGGGGACGGACUACCAUUCGUCAAUGCACACAAUGAGAAUCGCUGAUAUUGGGGAUGUCAAAGACGGCAGCUUCUGCGGCACUGGCUUGAUAUGCAUUAACAGGACUUGCCUCAACAUGUCUCUCCUCAAUUACGACUGUGAACCUCAAAAGUGUAACAAUCAAGGGGUAUGCAACAACAAGAGAAAUUGCCACUGUGAUUUUGGUUGGGCCCCUCCGUUCUGUGAUACUCCUGGGGACGGAGGGAGCAUUGACAGCGGCCCUCCAGGCAAAUCGGUUGUUGCAACGAUGUUUCAAGUUUGGUUGAUUUUUCUCCUCCGGAUCAUUCUUUUUCUUGCCUCCUGGAUCCCAGCCUCCAUGUAUAUAAAAGUUUGUAAAAAAUUGUCAUCAUCAAAAACAAACAGAAAGGGAAAAGAUGACCAAAACGUCCCUGGGAUCCCCAAAUCAGAGCUAAAGCAAAAUUUUAUAGUGCAUUAUCUAUGCAAGCUUCAAAGAUACUGCCAGAGGCCUUUUUGCUGAAAGCAAAGCUGUAGGGUGUAGGGUGAACAUUUUGAUUGAUUUUCAUUCUCAGAACUCUAUGGAGCCAAGUUCCAUGGCUUGGUCUAUUUUCAACUGGAGAAUAAAAUUCCAUUUUGAUUUAUAACUGAGUGAAAUUUUUAGAGCUUCUUAGUAGUUUGCCAUCACUCCCAAAUGUCAUAUGGGAGUGAGAUGAGGGGCUCCUGAGCCUGGGAUUAAAUUGUAAAAUCCCUGUUGGAGACAGAAACUUCUAGGGAUCCUUCAGACAGAUUGCAACUCUCUGCAUCUCUAAAGGUUGGGAAUAUUGUCAAGCAUUGAGGAACUAUGAAACAUAUGGGCUUUAUGAAAAUCUGUCCAUCAAAAAAACUUGACCACAAACUCUUGCAAAAGCAGAACAAAUUUGACUCUUAAUCCUUUUGAAUCCAGGGAUGAAUCAGGGGACUUUUCGGGGUGAAGCAAAUGAGAGCAAAUUUGGCAGGAGGACUUUGAGAUUUAAUGGAAAAACGUCUACUCAAGUAGGAAACAUCCAAAAGGGCUAUGAAAAGUACAGUGUUUCAAGGCAAAAGAAGAGAUGAAGGAGGAGAGAAGAUAAAAGUAAAGAGAAGGAAAUAAGGAAGGGAGAAGAGGAAAGAGAACAAGAAGGCAAAUGGAGUCAAGAAAAAUGCUGGGUUGGAAGAUUGAGAGGGGCAACAGGGAGAAGGAAGAAAACUGGUAGACUAGUGUUGCCAGCUCCUCCAUUCUAGAGGAAAAUCUGUGUGGGUCUGCGACAUCGUGUCGGGGUCAGCAUCCACAAUCACAACAUUAAAGCCUCAGGGAUUGGGAGCGCCCCGUGGAAACCCUUUUAGAGAAAAUCCAAGUGUGUCAAAUAAAAUGUUGUAGUAGAAUGA